AUGCAGCUCACAACCAUUCUCCUCGCCACCUUCGCGGCCCUCACAACGGCCCUCCCCACCUCCUCUCUCCCUACUACCCAAAACCUCACCGCACGCGCCGACGACACCUUCGAGAUCCUCAUCAUCAACCGCUGCAAAUGGACCAAGUCCUUCGCCCUCUACAACAUCGAGCAACCCUCCUUCACAAUGGUCGAACGCUCCAAACCCGUCAACAUCCCCACCAACGGCCAACACACCCUGCGCGCUCCCUUCCACGGCCUCGGAUACCGCCUCUCCGGGCACGCGGAAUGGGGCACCGCCCGCCAAUGGGAGCACCAAGCACUCUUCGAGUUCGGUUUCAGCAGCUACAUGGGUGUGGACGGCACAGCGUACAAUUUGAGUGUCAUGGAGGGCAGCGACAAGGAUAUUGGAGUCAGGGUGUGGCCGAUUGGCAAUGGCAAGGGGAGUGGACAGUGUCCGAGGAAGACUUGCUGGCCGGAUAAUUGUCCGCCGAGUCAGGGGUGGACGAGCCCGGAUCAGGAUAAGUUGGGGAGUCCGGCGGAUACGGUUUGUUAUAAGGGGAAGACGGGGUUUAGGGUGGUGUUUUGUCCGAUUCCGUAG